GGCGGGUUCCAGGGAAGUGAUUUUUAAAGUGCGGGGUCGGUCGAAGGGGAGCGGUUCGGUGGUGACUAAAAAUCGAGGGAGAGGAGUCCUCGACAUCAAAAAUGUUACAGUUUCCGGCGUAUAUGACACAGUACCCUUCAUCGACAAGGACGAUUCCAACGUCGUUCCUUUUACCAUCUCAGUGGCCUCAACCUCAUAACGAAGAACUCCUCCUCGCUAUGGAGGAGUCCGAGUUUGAAGAAAAGUGCAACGAAAUCAGGAAGACCAAUAGCAACUUAAUCGUGAUAGGGAAAAGCACUACCGAUAAUGAUAAGGAGGAGUUUGAUAAUGAUGCUGAUGAUGAUGAUGCGGAUAAUGGGGAGGAAUCUGAGGGUGAAGAAUUUGAGCAAGAAACUGGUUGAAGAGCUGCGUAUGAACGCCCAUUAACUUGUGAGGAGGAAUCUUACAAUAAGUGCAGAUGCCUUGAUCAAGUCUACUUGUAGUUGCUCCCCAUAAAUCCGUAGUUUUCCCUUAUUAGAUUGAUUAAUUGAUGCCUCGGCUCUAGCAGGGGAGAACGAAGUUCUUAUUAAACUGUUGUUCAUCCAUUCAUUUUUCAUUUGGCCUUUUCCAUCCCAGUCUUCUGUCUUGGCCAAUCCCCAAACCAAAAACAAUAGAAAAUUUGCACUGUAGUGAAGAGGCUCAAGCAGCAGUCAGCACGAUUCUAGGCUAUUGAACGUUUACUUUCAUGAGUGUACCUUGUAAAUUUCAUUCUGCCGGGUAUUAGUUUAUUUGUUUUUUAUUGUCA